AUGUCAAACAAAAAUAUAUUUGACGAUUUAGAGUUUAACAACUUAGAAUUAUGCUUUAACAGUAACAAUAGCUUAGAAUUUUGCUUUGACAAUAACGAUGACAGCGAUUUUUUUGACGAAAUUCUAGAUAACUAUGGCCAAUUAAUUAUUAAUAAUGAGGAAGACGAUAGCCUGUCUGAUUGUGAAGUAAAUGAUUUAACUGACAAAAAGGAAGGUUUAUAUCCUCUAAAUAAAGGACAAUCUUUUAUGGAUUGGAAUGAAGUUGAGAGUACACAUUCGCAUCCAAUGAUUGAAAAUGUGCAAAUGGCAGCACCUCAAUAUCGUCGUAUUAUACCGGAAAUGCAGGAUGAUAUAGAGCUUCUUGCUGCAAGUAAUGUGCAUACUGGAGCAAUUAUUAAUGCAGAAAAAGGAAAGUUGAGUGACGCAGAAGCAGCAUAUAAAGAACUAAUCCAGAAAAAACAAGAAGAACCCGGUGCAAAGUUUGAAGGAAAUGAUAAUCACCUUUCUGGACUUAAUUCACCGGAUGGCAUGUUUAGUGAGGACCUGUAUGACAAAAUGCUUAUUAAACUAGCUGAACUUCUUCAUGAUACAAACUAUGCUAAUGUCAAAGAACUAUGGAUAAUUUCAUAUAUAGACCAGCAGAAGUUUCAUUAUAUCGUUCUUCUUGAUAACGCAGUUCACUUGUGCACAUGUUUGACACUUGUCAAUCGUGGUGCUCAAAAGAAAGUUCUUAAAGAGGCAACUAAUGUACAACAUAAUCAAAGGACAAGCAGCUUCAAUAUGAAUAACGAGUUAGUGAAUUCAGAUGAUGCCAACGAACAGCGAGUGAAUAUAAUGGAUGAAAAUUUUACAAAAGCAAAUGAU